AUGUCUGCAUUACAGGCUUAUAGAAAUGCGUUGAGGGCUACCAAGGUGGCGUUCAAGAAGGAUGUCCCUGUUUUGACUGCUGCUAGAACCAAGAUCAGAGAAGGAUUUGAAGAGCAUCGUGGAUUAAGUGAUGAGUCUUUGAUACAAGAAGAAGUGACCAAAUUGAAUGGUAUCAGUCAAUUUUUGGUUAGAAAUGUUGUUCAAGCUAAAAAACAAGACAACGGUAAGUACUUAUUGGAUAUCCAUUCUGAAACAGAGUUGGGAGACAACGAGAGUAUCAAGAACCCCAAGAAGGAUAUGGGAUCUUUGGCAGGAGUCAAGUCAUGCUCUGGAUUGAAACGUUAA